AUGUCAUCCUUGCCUAUGGCCUCUCAAUCGGUCGAGACACCUGCGGCGACGGAACCCGCAUUGCACGUGUGCAGCAUAUGUGAUAGGAGCUUCAUGCGAAGGGAUCAUCUGAAGCGUCACAAGCAGACUCACAUCACCGAAAAGCCCAUCGAAUGCAACUACUGUGGGAGAAAGUUCGCGCGCAGCGCGACGCCACGAGCAGCUUCACGUCGGCCCAAAGCAGCCGGGCUUGAGAGGCUCCACGGCCUCAUCUCGCCUCCUCAAAACAUGCUCAUUCUGCGCCAUCUCACAUAUCAGGUGCUCCGGCGAUUUUCCAUGCAGUCGCUGCGAGGAAAAGAGUCUCCAGUGUCAAUACAACCCCCCUCAACGUAG